AUGCCGCAAACGAAAGCCACCGAAUUAUUCCCCCACCUGUGCCGCGGAGCAGCUGCUCAGCAUCGGACCAAAACGGGCGACCGUCCCCUGGCAGUCCGACGGCAGUCCGACAUGCAGCUGGCCGGCAAGCUGGUCCUCUCCGCCGCCGCUCUGCUCCUCCUGACCUUGGCGUACAGGUUUUAUAAAUCCCGCUCGCUCGCUGGGGGAAGCGAGCCAGGAAACAAACCGGGAAGCAAAUUGGGAAGAGAGCCAGGAAGCAAACUGGGGAGUGAGCUAGGAAGUAAGUCAGGAAGGAAGCCAGGAAUCAAGAUGGAAAGUGAUCCGGGAAAUGAUGUGGGAAGUGAGCUGGGAAGUGAGCCGAGCUCUGAUGACCCCGAGGACGCAGCCGAAACCCAGAGCAGCCACAGGGAUGAGGACACGCUUGCCCCAAGCACCGGGCUUUCCCCCAGGAUUGCCAAGGCCCAGGUGGCAGGUGAUGGACUCGCCCAAAGCACGGAGCAGGAUUUGGCCAUCACAGGGAUGAGCCAGGCGAUCAAGGGGUGGGGAGGGACAAUCCGGACUCUCAGUGUCACCUCAAACCUGGGGCUGACAAUGACGGCGAACGACGUGGGGUCGGACACGUCCUACUCUUUCUCCUCGGUCGCAAAGAUCCAGGUGGAGGAGAACUACAUUGCUGCGGACAGGGCUGGCCAGCCAGUCCCCAGCCUCAAAGGCAAAGUCUAUGACUACUACGUCCAGUCCAUCUCCCACUCAGUGUCAAAGAAGACGUCUCUACCCUACAUCCCUCCAGGAACAUCCCGGCGCCACAGCUUGGAGUGGGUCAAUGAAGAGCUGCAGGGCUUUGCAGCCUCGGAGCUGGACCCAACUUUGGCAACAUGGGAUUCCACCACCUCCUCCGUAGUCUCAUCACCUCUGGGGAGCUUGGAGACCUCCUCUGAGCCACCAUCUCCUGGCCGCAAGGACAGCAUCCUCCAGAUCGCCGACAACCCCCACCUCCAGCUGCCCAUGGAGGGUUUUGGUGUCCCAGCACCAGCCAGCACACCACCACUAAGCCCCCAGCCAGGGCUGGUGGCUGGUGCAGACUUCUUCCAAAUGCCACCACCCACCCACCUGGACCUGGGGAACUGCUAUGAGGUUCUCUGCAGGGCCAAGGCGCAGAAGCUGGGCCACCUCCAGGAGGCUGCCUACAAGGUGAUGAGUGACAACUACCUGCAGGUGCUGAGGACACCCUCCAUCUACAGCCACCUCAACGCCAGCGAGCGGGAGCUCAUCCUGCGGCGGAGGAUGAAGGGGAAGAUGCACGUGGCCGUGGCGGACGUCAACAUGCAGGAGCCUGGCCUCCACACCAGCCGCCUUUGCUAUUACGAUGAUGGAGGAGACCGCUGGCGUCACCUCUGCCACGUGCCACCAGAGGUGGUCUCCCGCGGGUGCGCCAUGUGCAGCAUGUUCAACUACCUCUUUGUGGUGGCCGGGUGUGAGGGCACGGGCCAGGCGCAGAGACCCUCCAACCGUGUCUUCUGCUACGACCCCCUGACCAACAUCUGGAGGGAGAUCUGUCCCCUGAACCAAGCCCGGCCACGCUGCAAGCUCGUGGCCUUGGAUGGGCACCUCUACGCCAUCGGUGGCGAGUGUCUCUGCACAGUGGAGCGCUACGACCCCCGGCAGGACCGCUGGACCUUCACCGCACCCCUGCCCAAUGACACCUUCGCCGUGGCCCACACGGCCACGGUGUGCAACGGGGAGAUCUACGUGACGGGGGGCACCUUGCGCUAUGUGCUGCUGCGUUACGCCGCCCGCUCGGACAGCUGGAGGGUCAGCCCGGCCAGCGGUGGGAAGAACAGGACAGUUGAGAUGGUGAGCGCCAACGGCUUCAUCUACCGUUUUGACCUCCACCGCGGCAUGGGCAUCGCCGUCUACCGCUGCAGUGCCAAGGCGAAGCUAUGGUAUGAGUGUGCCACCUACGCCAUGGCCAACCCAUCCAGCUUCCAGUGCGCUGUGGUGGGCAGCCUGGUCCACUGUGUCAGCCGGCACUUCCACAUCCGCUUCUUGGCUGACCACAUCUCACCACGCUUCGGGACCAAAGAGCUGCAACCCUUCCCAUCGCCCUGUGGCAGGCUCCUCCCAGCCGUCCUGGGGCUGCCGGAGGGAGGGGCGGCGCAAACGCAGGUUUGA